UGGCCGCGGCGCAGGGGGCGGGCCCGCGGCGCGCCACCGGAGGAGGAAGUGGUGCGGUUGUUUCUCCCUCUGCGCCCACUGCUGGCUCACCGGGCGCGGAGAGGGGCAGCUGUCGCUGCCGCUGCAUCGCCCUCUCUACUUCUGUUUCCCUCCAUGUGCUCCGGCGCCGUCGCUCCCCUUCCUCAGGCCGCCGCUUACUCCGGGGUCUAUGGAAGUAAUGGAAGGACCCCUCAACCUGGCUCAUCAACAGAGCAGACGAGCAGAUCGUUUACUAGCUGCAGGGAAAUUCGAAGAGGCUAUUUCUUGUCACAAAAAAGCUUCAGCGUAUCUUUCUGAAGCCAUGAAGCUCACACAGUCUGAGCAGGCUCACCUGUCGCUGGAACUGCAAAGGGAGAGCCACGCAAAGCAGCUGCUCGUCAUCCAGGAGAGGUGGACGAGGGCGAAGCGGGAGGAGAGGCUGAAGGCCCAGCGGAGCGCAGACAGGGAGGCGGCUGCCCAGCUGCAGACGUCUCACCGACCCCCCGCGGACGACGCCGAGGGCCAGGGCCCCCUUCUCUCGGAGAAGUACAGCCCUUCCGCCGAGAAACGCCUGCCUGAGGUCCAGGCCGUGUUUGACAGGGACCCAGACACGCUGCUGUUCCUGCUGCAGCAGAAGAGCGAGCCGGCCGGGCCGCGCCUCGGCAGCAAGGCGCCCAAAGAUGAGAAGACAGUUCUAGAGGAGCAGGCCACCGAGAUCGCCGACCUGAAGAGGCACGUGGAACUCCUCGUGGCCGAGAAUGAAAGACUAAGGAAAGAAAAUACACAGCUAAGGGCCGAAAAGGCCAGACUUCUAAAAGGCCCCGUGGAGAAGGAGCUGGAUGUCGAUGCUGAUUUUGUAGAAAAGUCGGAGCUGUGGAACUUGCCGCCGCGUUCCGACACUGCCGCGGCCUCGGCAAGCUGGCAGAAGUUUGCCGCCGGUACUGGGAAGGCCAAGGACAUUCCGAUACCCAGUCUCCCGCCCUUGGACUUUCCGUCUCCGGAACUUCCCCUCAUGGAGCUCUCCGAGGAUAUUCUGAAAGGAUUUAUGAAUAAUUGAAACGCAAGGCCCGCAAAGAGCGGAGAAGACAAGACGAGGUAAUGGAGUGAUGCAGUUCAUCCAGAAAAACAACGGGAGAGCGCACGGAGGUGACCGCGGAGACGCUUGGCCCCACCGGCGCCGUGGGGGCGAGGCCGCGGGCCGGAAACGCUCACUGUGAAACGUGUCCCGUGUCUGACGAGCACUAGCGCCAAGGGUUCCAGGCGGGGCAGGCACCAGACUCUCGGGGGCUCACUUUCUCCUGAUACAAACCAAAUGGCUACCUGGAAUAAUUUUUUCAAGCAACAGUUAUUUUUCUUAUCUUCAGGGUUAAAAUGUAUAAACGUAUGUUACGUAUAAUUAAUCUUUAAUGCCACAAAUGAUAAUGCAAAACCUAAAUAAUAGGGCGGCCUAAGGGGCCACCUUGUAUUUGAAACAUGCUUUCUAUCAUGCAUUGACUGUAUGCAUUUUGUUAUGCACAUUUCGUUUGUUGAAUAAGGCGUGUAAGACACACCUUUCUAGAUGAAACUGUGUGCCACACUUUGCACUACUCAUGACAUAAUGAGAACCUCAAGACUAUCAGGAGAAAUAUUUAAAUUUCCAUUUUAUGAAGAAAGGAACCAAAUUGUUAGUUAUGCUUUUUUUUUUAAUUACCAGUUUACAUAAUUAAUCAGGGUGCAUUUUAAGUUCUAACUUUCUGUUUAUUGUUUAAAUGUAUCAUUUGAAAGUACUAAGGAAAGAUCCUUUCUUUACUGAUGCAUGAGUGGAAGUAAUGGUAGUUGGCUGUGUUUGAUUGUAAGAAGUCAAUAAAGUAAUUGUGUUUUAUACCUUU